AUGGAGGUACGCGGUCCUCGGAGGAACCCCAGCUACCUCUCUGAUCUCUACCAGAACAUGUUACGGGCUGAAGAAGCACUGGGACGAGGGCAGCAGCAGCCCCCAGCAGUCUAUAGAAAUAGCAGCAUGACUCUUAGGAGCAGUACCCCGGCCAAGGGGGGCCCCCAGCCAAGUAAUCUUCAGAGCAGCACUUCCUCCAGCUGUGAUCCGGUGUUACGGCCCAUCAUACGCCGCCGAGCAAGAUCUUUGCCUACGUCGCCUGAAAGAAGGAAGCGGGCAGCAGUGCAGUGUCAAGUUCCUGGGUGCCAGAGUCCUAGGAACCGGGUGAGAUUUGCUGAUGCUUUGGGCUUGGAGCUCACUGAAGUGAAAGUUUUCCAGACUGGGGAGGAUCCAUCGAUCCCCUUGCAUGUCCUUUCUAGGCUCUCCAUAAACUCAGACCUCUGGUACAGCAGCUCGGACUUGGAGUUUACCAUGCAGUGCUUGGUCCCGGACUUCCAGCAGCCUGCAGACUGUAUGGAUUUCUCCUCCCGACUUCAGGAGCAGCAGGUGUGUCUUGAACGAGUGACCAGCUCAGAUUUGGGGCUCAGUGGCACCAUCCAGGUUUGCAAUGUUGCUUUUGAGAAGCAGGUAUCUGUGCGAUACACCUUCAACGAGUGGAAAAGCAUCCAUGAAGUGUGUGCUCAUUGGCACAGCAGCAUCCCUGAGAAAAACGGGCACGGUCAGGUUGAUGUUUUCACUUUCUUUCUCCCUGUGCCUCCUUUCCUCCUUCAGCUGUGCUCUGUAGUCCAGUUUGCAGCAAGGUACCAAGUCAACGGCCGGGAGUAUUGGGAUAACAACAGAGGCAAAAACUACAGUCUCACCUGCCGGACUCACCCCCUUAAGAUGCCUAGAGAAUGUGAGGAGAGCUGGAUCCACUUCAUCUGA